AUGGAAGCAGCAAAGCUGCAGAAUAAGAUGAAGACCUUGUUCACACCAUCUUCUGACACAGGAUGUUCUUGCAUGGUGAUGGAGGUGUCCGGAGCAUUAUAUGCUCCAAGGCUCCUGAUAAGCCAUCCUGGAAGAUCAGUGACAAUCAAGUGCUACUAUGAAACCACAUCAGCCAACAGACAUGGCAGAAAAUAUUGGUGCAAGGAGUCAAGCAACCGUCAUUCUUGCCAGACUAUCAUUUCAACUAACCAUUUCACUCACAAAGACUAUGAAGGAAGAGUGUCAAUGCAUGAUAGCCCUCAAAGUGGGAUUUUGCAAGUGACAAUGACACAGCUGGUGAAGACAGACUCCAGUAAUUACAGAUGUGGCAUUGGCAACAAAAAUGCUUAUGGUUUUUAUGCUGGAGUGAAUCUAACCAUUUGGGAAGGUCCAAAUAUGCCAAAAUCACCUGAAAUUCUUUGGGGUAAAGUGAGAGGGUCAGUGAUGAUCCAAUGCCCAUUGGAAACUGCCAAGUCAAGCGUGAGGAGAUCCUUUUGUAAGAUGAGGAGAUCUGGUUGUUCUCUCAUAGCAGCUACUAGCAUGAAUAACGAAAAACAGCAAGAAGGAAGAAUUGUUUUUACUGCUGGAAAUAGUUCAGAAACUUUCAACGUCUUCAUAAACAAACUGAGAAAAGAAGAUUCAGGAAUGUAUAAAUGUGGAACAGGAAUGUCUGAUGACAAUACAAGCUCACACAUGAUACAACUGGAGGUCACAGAAGAAUUGGUUUUCUUCAAUAUCGUAAAUGAUACGGCAACCACAUAUGAGCCACAAACAAUCUGGACAUCCCCCCACAGUUAUGUGACAGCUACAAAUGAAGUUUACAAGCAAAGGUUGUCCGAAACUGAACUAAAUCUACUUCCAAUUGUGAUACCAAUUUUGCUUGGAUUUCUUGUUCUGGCUACAGCUGUUAUCAUUGUACUUCUUAAGAUAAGGAAGCGAAAGAAGGAUGCUUCAUGUGACAUUCCUGCAAGAAACUCUGAAGGAGCAAUACCACUGGCUGGCCAACAUUGUUCAGGAGAACGACUCACGGAAGAGCAAAUAGGCUCAGCGGAUGAACAAGAAUCUUCCCUAGACCCUGACAAGGGUACCGUUGAGGUCCCAGUUGAAAAUGAAUAUUCCUUGCUCAGCCAUGGGGCAAAUCCUGAAGACUUGAAAGAAAUUGAUUGA